GAAAUCGGGCUCGGCCUGACCUGCGGCGGUGUUUUCUUCCUCUUCCUCGGUGUCAUGCUCUUCUUCGACAAGGGCCUUCUCGCCAUGGGAAACGCGCGUUGGCCGCCUCCCGCCUCUGCCCCACCUCCGAGCCCGAAGCCACCUGCCAAGGGCACGACUUGCUUCUUGGGCGGCAUCUUCCUCGUGCUGGUGGGCUGGCCCAUCUUUGGGAUGGCGGUCGAGGUCUUCGGCUUCCUCAACCUCUUUGGGGACUUCUUCCCCGUUGUGAUUGGCUUCCUGCGAAACUUGCCUGUCGUCGGAAACCUGCUCGCGCUGCCGCCGAUCCGCGCCUUCACGGACCGCUUCGUCUCGAAGGCGCGACUGCCGGUGUGAGGAGAGGUGGUGAUGGGGACGGUGCGAGGGAGGCGCGCCCAUAUGAACGCAAGCACUCAAAUCUAGUCCCGUCGCGCAGACAGCUCUGCAGACUCGGCUUGUGCGCCCCAUCAGAGAGAUGUGCGCAUGUCGGAAUGCCCACGCACGCGGUACAUCUCAAUCACCUUGUGGCUAGGCUCCAUGUGCUGUUGCUUUACACGAUACUCGCUUUUAAAA